GUGACACGAGAGUCGGUCUCCCCCUCCCCCUGGAUCUGACGCUCGUUCACAACGCGAGUCGAGGCCACGUAUUCAUCAGCUCUCACUUCUCAGCUUGAUCACAGUGGUCCUCAGGAAGCCUCCCAAAAUGAACAGCGUUGGAAUUUUGAGCAGAAUGCAGUGUCGACGGCUUGUGGGUGUGCGGCCGUUCGCUCCAAGUCCUCAUGCACGACUUUUAUCCACAUCUAACCAUCAGCGUAUACGACCGCUUCCACGGCCAUCCGCUUUCGCGCCCUCAGCGAAGCGUAACCUCUGGCUAUUUUCCUCGAAACCCUCCGCACCCACUCCACCACCACCACCACAGCCCUCCGUUCCCGAGCUUACUUUUGAGCAAGCUCCGCCGGAAGCCGCCGUGCCCGCAAACGCGACCUCCGGAUUCUCUGAGGCAUUCCCUGCAGACAGCACCAUCCUCCUGGAUAGCGACCUUUCCGCACCAAUCGCCGCUUCGUCGUCGAUUUCCGACACGCUUAUCAGUAUAGCACCGCUUCAGUAUGGGGACCUCGCAGCGCUCGGCCUCGCGCACUGGACCCCCUCAGGAAUCUGUCAAUGGAUGUUGGAGAUAAUCAACGUCUCCACCGGAAUGCCCUGGUUUUAUACCAUCAUCGCCGGCACCGUUCUCUCCCGUGUGCUGCUCCUCCCCUUCUCCGUUCAGCAGCUCCGGAAUUCUGCCCGUCUCGCACCAUACCAAGGGCGUCUGUUGCAGAUCAAGGACGAAUUGAACCGCUCGCGCGAGACGCGAGACCCGUUGGCAAUGCAAAAGGUCGCGCUAAAGCAGAGAAAGGUUUACGAGGAGGCGGGCGUCAGUAUGCUUCCAAUGCUCGCAACGCCGUUCGUGCAGCUACCAGUGACGCUAGGCAUGUUCUUCGCCGUGAAGGGCCUGUGCACGUUGCCGCUUCAGCAGCUCAUGUGGAGUGGGGUCAGUUUCCUCCCUGACUUGACGGUGGCGGAGCCAUACUAUAUCUUGCCCAUCGCCGCUGCUGUGUGCAUGAACGCUCAGUUGACGCUGGGGGCCAGUGAUUUCGCUGGCGAUCGUCAGACCAUGGCCCAUAUGAUCAACUUCUUUAGAGUCAUCUCAGUAUUCAGUAUUCCCUUUAUGGGCGCAUUCCCGGCCGGCCUGAACCUCUACGUGCUGACGGGUGUGCUCGCCAUGCUUCUCCAGACCGUCGUAUUGCGCAGCAGCGCCGUCCGCCGCUUCUUCGAUAUCCCCGUCGUACCCAAAAAUGCAGGGUUCAAACCUGUCACAUUCAUGGAAUCAAUCAAUCACCUGAAGAAGUACUUCCGGGAGCAGAGCGAGAUGGCACAGAAGAAGGCGACCGAGAAGCGCAAGUGGUGAGACGAGCUGAUGUAGCGUAGUUAUAUCUUAUGAUAGUGGGCUAAUGCAAUACUUCCCUACUCUGAUCAUUC